CAGAAUACUUCUAUGAAAUUCCUUCCUCCAAAAAACCACCAAAGAUUCAUCAACAGUUCAAGUUGGCUUGCACGGCCAGUAAUUGCAUCACUGCCUCUUCCAGAACCACUCGCGCACAGCUGACUACUGCAAGCCGCAGCCGGCCGCACAGUCAAGAGUCAAGACAACCUAGCGGAAGUUUGCGACUGUUGAAUGCUAGGUACCAAGCCCGCAAAAGUGGAAAUACUAUGUCCGCAGCCUCAUUCGACAGCCUAUCCUCCCCAUCAUCCGAUGGCCAACCCUCUAUCACGCAUACAGUGGCAGCUUCCGGCGACACAAUCCUUACCUUGAAUAGCCCAAAUGCCAAAUUCGCUCCAUGGGAGGACGACAGCAGCCCGCCGGCUACGAAUGGCUCUCCAAUCACGUUCCGAGUCUCUUCACAACACAUAAUCCAAGCUUCAUCCGUCUUUGAAGCAGCUCUGACGGGGCUUUGGGAGGAAGGAUCCAAAAACGCUGAAGGAUUUUACGAGGUUAGCGCAGAGGAUUGGGACGCUGAGGCCUUGCGCAUCGUCUUGUGUCUCAUUCACAGCCGUACCUCAAACAUCCCCCGGAAUGUCACGCUUGAGAUGCUGUGCAAGAUCGCCGUAUUGGUGGAUUAUUACAACCUUCACGAGGCUCUCCGCUUCUGCGCUUCACUGUGGAUUGAAGACCUCCGGGACCCGCUUCCAACCACUUUCGGCAGAGAUCUCAUCCUCUGGAUAUGCGUCUCGCAUAUUUUCAAGGAUGCCACUAUCUUCGAGGCCGUUACGAAGCGAGCUAUUGAACAUAGUCCGGGAGACAUCCCGUCGCUCAACCUCCCGAUCCCCGAAUACAUAACCGGCAGCCUCAAUGAGCAGAGAGAAUUGGCGAUGAAGCUGCUUAUCUCUGUUUUGCAGGAGGCCAAAUUUAAGCUUCUUGACGGCCGUGUCGGCUGCUCGUUCGAAUGCCGCUCACUUAACCUCGGCGCCCUAGUCAAAUUCAUGCACGACGAGGGCUUUCUCGAGGCUGUGACAGAGAAGUCUUACGAGGGCCGCAGCGUGACGGAUGUCAUCACGAAAAUCCGAGAGAUGAAGUCACCAACGAAAAGUUCUUAUUGGCGCUGUCCGGGGUUCUGUUCCUUUACGCUCACCAAGCUGAUAGAGUCUGGUCUUGGGACAGCUACUGCACAAAUUCGAGGUCUGGGGCUCGGCGGAUAUCCUGUUGGUACCUGGAACUGGGCAGGCUUCUCCGGCGUCUCUUUUGGCAUCCCUAGGUAGAGAGGGUAGGUAAUUAUUGCUGAAACAGCUACGUCCAACCAAAUAUACGUACAUACAAU